GCUGGAGUGUAGUGUACCAGCUGGCUCUCAGGCCCAUGUACAAGAUGAAGCAGAUGCUGGUGACAUCCUUGGAGUGGAGAUGUUGUCUUGGACUCACAGGACACAACUGCGAGCAGAAGGUUCCUGCUGAGAUGACCACAUCAAGCUCCGUGAAGCACAGUAACAGGAGCAUUGAAAUGGCUGAAGAGAUCUUAAACCUCGAAGAGUCCAGUAAGAUCCUUGACAAGGUGCAGGAUCAGGAAUCGUGGCUGCACCAUUUACAGAACGACAUUUCCGAUGCCACUGCCUCCAUCCAGGACAUUCAGAAAAUCCUGCAAAACUUGGAAGGAAAAAUGACUGAUAAGAAUGGAAACAUUACAGAACUUUCAGAGCUUCAGAAUGUGUUAAAGCCUCAUGUUGAAAACUUCCUCAGGCAGCACUUUCACACCUUGUGGGAAAGUUUCAAUAAAAGCCUGCAGGACCUCUCCGCCAUGGUCCACAACCUGUCACAAGACAUGGAGGUCAACAGGAAGAACAUUGACGAGAAGCAGCGGGUGUCUCAAAGGGAAAUGGAAGAUUACAACCAAAAGUUCCAGUCAAAGAUUGAGGAGAAUAGCGAGAAACUGAAGAAACUUGAGGCCAUGAUGAGUGACCAACAGGAAGAAAUGAAUGCUCAACAGGCUGCUAAUCACAUCAACCUAACCAUGAUCAAAAGUGGGAUAGAGAUGAAUACUCAACUUCUGAAUAAUGUCAUGGGUAGCGUAGAGAGACAGCAAGCCCAGCUAAAUGAGUUGAAUCAAAGCUUGGCAAAUGGCUAUGACCCAAAACUGUGUCCUUCGUGCAGCUCUGAAGAGGUCAGCUCGGAUAAAACAAUCUCGAAACACAACUUCGACGAGCUCAGUAGAAUGGUGGAAGUUCAUUCAAGGAACCUUACAUACUUAAAUGGAAUGUGUGGUCUCUCAUCAAAACAGAUGGUGGAUAUGCAACAAAACCUGAGGGCCCAGGAAGCAAGGUAUGCGAAAAUUGUGGAUGGCUUGCGGAGAAAAGUGAACCAAAAACUGAACGAGACCAGGGCAGGGUUAACUGAGAACCUCUUGGGAUUGAAUACUUCCUUUUCCCAUCAGUCUUCAAUUAAUGAAGACCUUCUUCAAAAUCUUGAAAAUAAAGUAAAAGACCUAAGUCACCAGUUUCACAGAAGCGUUACAGUUACUGAUGACCUGAGAAACACCAGUUAUCUUUUGGACAAGAUGCAGUUGGAUCUUGAUGCCACUAAACGGCAAGAGUUGGACCUAAGAAACAAUAUGAAUGAUUCUGUUCAGGACUUGUACGUAGCUUUGCAGCAAAUCCGGCAACAAAUGCAGGAUUUCCAGCUCCUACAGGAAGAGGAAAUUCAAGCCGUUGUGCAAGACAUUGCAAUACUCAAGAAUCAUUCCACCGUAUUUGGCAGAGAGAUUAGCCACUUGAAAAAAAUGGAGGCCAUUAUGGUCAAGCAUGUCAAAUACCUCAAUAGUUCUUUUAAUUCUCUUUUGGAAGACACUUUUCGUCACAUGGUCAUUCUGGAGAGUUUGGUGGGAGAGGACAUAUUGGAAAUCACAGCCGACGAUGCACCAGAGUUUCUGAAACUCUCCAUCAAUGACAUGUACGAAAUCCUCAACGAAACGGAGGACAGACUGUCCGUUCAUAAAAUGAUGUUGCAAACCAUUGACGAGAGGCUAAAGCUCCUCGAGGUUAGAAGGUCGACUGGUGACGUCAGUGAAUUCAUUCAACCUGAAAAGCAAGAAAACUUUGUGAAGGAGAGAUCAUCAGAUAUAGACGGCAGAGAACACAUGGAACCAAAUCACGAGGCACUGGAAGAAAAGGUGCACCAUUUAAACAAAUAUGAAUUAAGCAUAUCAACUAUCAAAAAAGACUUUGAGAUGUUGAGUUUGAAAGUGAAUAAACUGGAAUCCCAAUGCAGUAAUGACGAAGCUUGUUGUAACUGUAGCCUAGAAGAUGGGAGAGAACUCUUCACAAAGUCUGUGGAGAAUCUAAAAUCAGACAUGUCAUCUCUGAAAGGCGCUCUCUCUGCGUUCCAGAAUCUGUCUGGCUUUAUGGAAACACUUUCCAAUGGGACGUUCAAUAAUGGGCGAAGUGGCUUUAGCUCAAAGAAAUGGAGAAAAUUACAGAAACAGCUCCAAGAGCAAAGCCAGCAUCGAGGCAAACAGCUGCAGGUCCGUGGAAGCCCUUCAAUUGCUUCUGACAACAGAAACCACUCCUCAUUUGCACAGGAAUCCCCAGCUGCAUUCUUCGUAGGACUUUCCAACAGUUCAGAAAUAAACGGGAUUUUGAAGUUUGACCAGAUCUUCCUGAACUACGGAGACGGGUACUUGCCGAAGGACGGUCACUUCAGGGCUCCACAAGCGGGCGUCUACGUGUUCGCUCUGACUGUGGAGUUCGCUCCCGGCCCGGGUCUGGUUUCCCUGAUGGUUGAUGGCAACCACACAGUCACGGUACAAAACAGUAGAAAGAAACACCACAACGUCAGCUCAACUGGAGGCUAUGCCAUCCUGAAGCUCCAUAAAGGCCAGCUAGUGUGGUUAGAGGUGAAAGAGGGGGCUGCAAUACUGCGGAAUCCGCCUGAGACAACGUUUGGUGGAUUUUUGUUAUUCAAGACAUUUUAAGGCUUUUGUUCUGAAAAGUACAAACACUUCCAACAAAAUAUAUUAACAGGUUCACCAUCUUCGCCGUUCCCUUCAGGACCUGAUCUUUUGCUGGAAAUAGCUCUCACUACAAGUUAUAGCAUUGUAAAAGGAAACUCCUACCCGAGAGCUUGUACAUAUGGUGGCCACUCACUGUCUUAUGUAUUAAUUUGAUCACUCAAUUCACGUGGGACUGCUGUACACAAUUGGCUGC